AUGGAUGGAUGUGGAUGUGGUGGUGGCUUGGACGGAUUCGCCUCAUCCGACCCUCGGAUAAAGGGGAGGGGGGUGGCAGCAAUGGGUGGUGUUGGGGGUCAGAAGGAAUUCCAUCGGACUAGGAUAUACCGAGUAGGGAAGUUGGUAGUUGGUAGAUGGCAGUGCAGAAGAGUGCUUAAAGGGGUAAAUAGCUACUGA